UCUCUCCCCCCUUCCAUUUCAAACGGCUCCUCGUCGCCAGUCGCCCUGUCUUCCCCCUCUUCGCUCCGGAUCCAGCACCGCCCUCGAACCCAAGCGCGAAACCGGGAGGCGGAGCCGGAGGGGGCGGUACCACGUACGAUGUGCCGGUGCGCGGCGGCGAUCGCGAGGGCGGUCCUGGCCUUCUUCGACGCCGUCCUCGUCGACUGCUUCCUCUCCUGGUUCCGCUACGGCCGCCCCGUCUCCGAGGGCCACCGGGAUCUGCUCGUGCCCAAGGAUCGGCUCGGGGAGGCGCUGUCGGCGUCGGAUGAGGAGAAAGGUUAUGGAGAGGGUACUUCGUCGCAUGAGCAUUCGGCAGAUGUGGGUGACAUUGAUAAGGAGCUUAGGCUAGAGGCAAAUUAUCUCAGGUUAUGUGGAACAAUAUCUCAAACCCCUGCUGAACUUCGGAAUGUGUCAUAUGAAAUCUCUUUGGAAAAUUCUAAUGAGUGUGAUGACAUAUCCAUCAACGAACUUGCAAUGGGAGGAACAUUAGUAUCUGAUCCUAAUUCAUGUGAAAGCUUCAUAAGGACUCAACCUAAUAAUGAAGUUCCACAAGUUGAUUCAAUCCCUCAAUCAGUUCUCCAAGAGAAGUCCCCCUUUUGGAGCAUCAAGAACAGGUUUUCUGAUUGCACCGAUUCACCAAUCCCAACCCCUUUGGUGCUAAGAGACGACAUGCAGACCCCUGGUACAAUUUAUACUUCACAUACAGGGUCUUCUGCGUCUAGAAAGCGUCUGCGCACCCGCAAGCAAUUUGUCUAUCCUGUCCUGAGACCCAUUGAGAACAAACUUCAGCAGAUGGAACUGACAGAAGAUGCUUCACCAGUGCUACCCUCCAAUACUCCUAAAAGGAUAAAUUUGGGAGCAGAUUAUAUCAAGAGUUCAGUUGAUAAGGAAGAGUCGAAGUGUCGAAUCAGCAGUCCGAAUCUACUGGAUGGUGGAGCUCUAUCAAAAUCUAAUUCAGAUGAAAGCGAUGCUGCAUUGAGUCUAUGUCACUGGCUAAAACCUUCAUCCUCAGACAUUGAGAAUCAAGAGAGUCCUGUAUUUAGGGCAGCUUCUGGAAUGAAUGGGGAUGUCGAAAAUCCUACACCCAGGUUACCCAAAGCAUGGGAUGGCAAUGGUAUUCCAAACACAAUCUCCAAGUACAAGGAGGAUCAAAAGGUCAGCUGGCACGCCACACCAUUUGAGGAAAGGUUGAUGAAGGUUUUAUCUGAUGAUAAGCCCAACCCUCCAAGAAAACUUACCAGAGGAAACUUGUUCCAUGUAGAGGAAAUGUCAGAACGCUGAAUAUCAAUGCCAGAGUUCCCAAUCCAAAAUGUGGAUAAACCAGACUUGAACUUUCGAAGCUACGCAAAGUUGAUCUGGAUAGCAAACUCCAUGGUGCUAUGUCAUAUACAAACGGUAGAGACAACAUCUGCUACCCUUCUAUGAAUACCGCUGAUACAGGCUUAAAAUGUACUGUUCAUACUGCAUAACAUUGUUCAAGCUUGUGAGCUCACAUUCACACCAAA